GUGAUUAACAGGUGGCAGAGGGAAGAGGGGAGAGAGAGAGAGAAAACAAGUGUAUCAGAAGAAUAACAAGACAAAGGAAGGCAUAUUUUCACGAAGGAACAAAAAAUAUUUACAAAAGAUGUAGGCAAAAAUACAAAACUAUUAAAUAGAAACGAGAAAAUAGAGCUUCGAGAUGUUUCUACUACAACGACAAAUGAAAAAUGCUUUAAAUAACAAAAUAAGAACGAAGAGCUGUACGCAAACAGAUGGAAAGAAAAUACUGUAUAGAAAUUAUAAGCGAUAAAAUUAAAAAUAACCAAAGAACUUUUAUAUGUAAAAGCAGUUUUAAAUAGAAAAAAGAUACAAAAAUACCAAAAAAGGACGUUUUAGUUAAAAGAAAGGAUUUUAUGAAGGGAAGAAAUUUUUAACACGAAGGCCAACAUACGUUGAGGAGAUGCGUUCGAGUUAAAAAUCGAUUCAAGUUAAAUUAUUGAAAAUGAAAGGACAACAUUUGUAUUUAAAGAUAAGAGAUACCAAACGAGAUAGAAACGAAGGCAGGAAGUUUGGAAACGUCGUUCAAUCAGAAAUAGAAUAACAGACGUAUCAAAAAACGAAUGAAGAAUUUUUCGGCGCAAGCGAACUUUCCAGACAUGAAUGUUACUGUAUUUGUGGAUUUUUCCAGCACCGAAAAUUACGAUGCGACCAAUGGUCUUGAUUGUGGCGGAGAACCACACUCGUACGCGCUAUGGGAACGUGUGAUGAUAGUAAUUAUUGCCAUUGUCCUCAGCGUGAUAACCGUUGUUGGAAAUAUCAUGGUGAUGAUCUCCUUUAAAAUCGACAAACAACUGCAAACUACCUCCAAUUAUUUUUUGUUCAGCUUGGCUGUUGCUGAUUUCGCGAUCGGUCUAAUUUCCAUGCCUCUCUUCACGGUUUACACUGUGCUUGGUUAUUGGCCGUUAGGACCACACGUUUGCGACACAUGGUUGGCAUUAGAUUAUUUGGCUAGCAACGCAUCGGUUUUAAACCUUCUGAUUAUUAGUUUCGACAGAUAUUUCUCUAUAAUGUGGCCUCUCUCUUAUCGUGUGAAGAGGACAACUUCCAAAGCAGCCAUUAUGAUUGCGUCCGCAUGGGGAAUUUCGUUACUUCUAUGGCCGCCAUGGAUUUAUGCUUGGCCAUACAUUGAAGGACAAAGAACAGUACCUCCGACAGCCUGCUACAUUCAAUUCAUCGAGACAAAUCAUUACAUUACAUUUGGUACUGCAAUUGCCGCAUUUUACGUGCCUGUCACGGUGAUGAUUUUUCUUUAUUGGCGGAUAUGGAAAAAGACUACAAAUCGGCAGAAAAUUCUGCCAUAUUUACAGGCAGGGAAAGAGGACGCUAGUAAGCGGAGUACAUCUAGUGGAGGGUUGGAUACGGAUGACAGCCGAAGGCCUAGGAGCGAAUCUAGCACGGGCGUAAGCGACAUGAACUCAACACAUAUCGCAGUCUCGUAUCUUGAUAGACAGUAUUCUCAAUUCAAAGCAAAAUAUAGACCGUUUUCAUGGAUGUGGCUCAAAAUGUGGUGCAUCGCAUGGUGGCUCAGUGGUCGCGACGAUGAUGACGACGACGAUGACGAUGAUGACGAUGAGGAGGAUGAUAUCGAAGGCCCUGAAAGUAGUCGAACCGGGCAUGGCAUGGAUGAAGCUAUUACGCCAUUAUCAGCAGAAACUCCUCUUACUGGUACGGCGGUGUCUCGAUCUCCUUCCAUAACUGAUAACCAUGAAUACGGAAAAUCUGGGAAAGUUAGCGAAUUGUCAAGGAGAAGCAUACCCAGUGAUACUGUCUACACAAUUCUAAUCCAUCUUCCUACAAAAGACACCAGCGACAAAGGAAAGUACAUAGAGAAGCCAAGCAUAAAAAUGUAUCAUAGCGAGAGCCCAACGUCAAUAACCAGGAGGUCGUCGCAAAUGCCUGAUAUAAGAAUUCCCUUAAGUAUGAAGAACAUUCCCAAACCGGUAGCAACUAAGAGCGCUACGAACAAAUCAGGGGACACGAAAAAGAAGAACAUUCAAGACAAGAAAGGAGAACGCAAGGCCGCAAAGACUUUAUCGGCCAUUUUGUUGGCAUUCAUCAUCACAUGGACACCAUACAAUAUUCUCGUUCUGAUUAAAUCCAUCACAGCCUGUUCGUGGUAUAUACCGCAACAACUGUGGGACUUUUUCUAUUAUCUUUGUUACAUUAAUAGUACUGUGAAUCCAAUGUGUUAUGCCCUAUGCAACGCGGCUUUCCGAAGAACCUAUGUGCGAAUACUCAAGUGUAAGUGGCAUAACAGGAACAGAACCGGGGUAUUUUCGCAACUCAAUCCGAAGAAUAACUCAAUUUAAAGAAAUUGACGAAACGCGUUUUAUGCGUGACAUUUACAUUUUAUAUAUUAUCGUUAGUAGAAGAAUUAUCCUUUCAAUUUGAAACUGGUUUUCGACUUUGUUUCAAGUAAAAUGACUAAUAAUAAGUGUAUCGUUGUAUUUGACCAAGAAUUUUUCUCGAAUAAUAGUAAUAAGCAUUAUUUAUUUUUACGUCGUUGUACGAAGAAUACAAAGCGACUGGCGAGAAGUAUUGUACUUAAUAGAGACGAAGGAAUUUUUAAUCUAAAUCGCUGGAAAUCGAAAGAGAUUUUGAAAUAUUUGUAGUUAGAACAACUCGGAUUUCCACAUUUGAGGCAAUGCAACGUGAAUACUGCCAUGAAAAUAAUCUUUAUAAAUAUAAUUCUGAAUUGUACAAAGAAAAGACAGAAAGGGGAAGAUAUUAGGUACAUUAGUAACAGUGCCAAACGUAUAACUCGCGUUUGAUGGUGAUCGAACGACUCUGCGCGGUCGCAACGACCAGUGAAGCCAGAAAAAGUCUUUUCUCCCACUCCGCCUUACCCUUUCCACUACGCCAUUCCUCAUUAGCGGACAUCUCCUAAUAACCCCCGCAGCCACCGCAGAACCCGGCAGUAACACCAAGGAGAGGGUAACUGUAUUCCCCCCAAUUUCCCCGAUCUGGCCACACUGGUAACGACACCACACGACGAGCGCCUUUCCCCAGUUCGCGGGAUAAAGUCAGCUUCCGCAAACGAUAUUGUCGCGAUCUGAUACCAAACUUAUUCUAAAUCAAAACAAGAGGAAAAGAAAACAAUCAAUCGAUACUUUAGCCGACCUGUUCAUUUUAACUCUUUUAACAGUACUACGCACAAAUAAUUUUUAACUUCCACUUGAGUUAAGUUAAUUUUAAGAAUGGAAUAAAAGAGUCCACCUACAAGCUUUUAAUCAGUGCUGUCCACGAACUGGGACUCUUCAUUCGUUACUCACUAGACCUUUUCUGUAAGGAGCGUAUUCAGCUUGAUUGGACCAAUUUAAUUCAAACCCGCCCAAUUUUACUGGUAAAACUCACUUGUCAGUCAGUUGCUUUGACACCGACUGUCGUCUGCUUUUAAAAGUCCGUACGUGUAUAACAUAAUAUUACAUGACAGAACUUCGUCGCGUUGAGAAUAUUUAUUGGGUGCCAUAAUAAGUAUUGACACCGUCGUAUAAUUACGCGACGAAGUUAUGUUACACACGUGUGAGCCCUAAGUAUUUGACAGAGCGUUGGUAGUUUCCAAGUAACAAUGGGAGAAUGUUCGAUGUUGGUCAAGUUUAAGUAGGUAUCCAGUUAUCCACAAUACUUCUAAGAGAUUUACAUAUUUGGAUAACGUGUUAUUGGCUUUGGGUAAAAACAAAUCGGAUGAGUCGUGACAGAUUAAGGGUCGGAAAAAGUUUGGACAAUUCCUUUCGUAGGAGAACUUUAGUCCUUUGCAAGCUUUUAGACUGUUUACGAAUCACUGCAAAAUUAAACAUAGCAACGUUAGUAAAGAACAAACAGCUGAAGAAUAUUUGGAUGUAACACGAACAGCAGCCUGUUUUAUUCUUCAGUACAACUUGGACAGCACUGUCUUAAACGAUUGCAUUUUCUAUUUUGGAAUUGCUCGAAGGAUGAAACUGCUGAUUCAAAAAGUUAGAAUUACAAGUUAAGAAAUAAAAUAAUUCAAUGUUACCUGAACUUUGAUAUUGUUAUUGUAUUUUUCAAGGUGAAUUGAUUCUUAUUUCUUGUAAUUUAUAGAAAUAAUAUUUAAAAAACUGACUCUGUUCCGUGAACUUUCUACAAAGCUAUACCGCACAAAAUAAAAUCUAUUCAAAGUCUAAGGGAAAUAUUAAUGACAGACAUUUUUUGCGCGUGUUAUUCAAAGAGUAACGCACUUGAUGUACAUUUUAAAUAGUAGUACAGUUGUAAAUGAGUGUUUUACGUGUACUUAAUGAUGGUGAACCAAAUAAGCACUAUUAUAAAUAGAAGAUGUUACAAUAUAAUGGCAACAAAGUGAGUGAAAAGCGCUGCAUCAAUUCUAUCAUAUUAAAAAAUAUUCUAAUCACACGUGCCAAAUAAUGCUUUAAGGUGUCACUGAAUUAGGAAAGUAACGUAAUAAGUGUGUCCUUUCAAAUGUUCGCUCAUCACAUUAGAUUAAAUAGGUUAAUCUGUUAAUAAGCAGGGUUUAAAGACAAUUUGAGAACUAACAGCAUGACUGCCUAAAUUAAACAAACACGUAUCAAUUUAUAAUUACUUGCUUUAUAUGGAUUUUAAUAUUCUCGUAUUAUAUUGUUAUCUCUAACAAUAUUUUGUUCUUCCUAAUAAAAGUUGUGCAAAAAAAUCAAAUUCAUAAAUUUGUUAUACUUUACAUUACAGUUUGUUAAUAUGCUCUUCGUCUUCAACUCUAAGAUUCAGUAAUCUUCUAUGACUGUAUUGAUUUCAAUUGUCCUCACCGGAAUAUAAAUAAAAAAUAUAUCACUCAAUUUGAAAUACAAACUGAAAUACCCUUAAAAUUCCUAUAUGAAGAUGAACAAUGGCGCCACUUAGUGCCUGUCUUGAAACUAAAUAGUUUUUCUUUUACCUGAAAGUCUUUCUUAUUCUUCAAGAAAUUAAUAAAAAAUUUGUAUUCCCUAUUUGCUUUUUAUACAUUAUAUUUGUUUUUAUACAUGACCUCCAAAUAUAUAAUUUAAUAGAGUUAUCCACUAUUUUUUUAACAAAGUUGUGACAUAAUGAAGUGUACCUACUGCACUUAAUCUUGCCUUUUAUCCUAUGUUUGAGUUAUCUCUUUUUUUAUUUUUAUAAUUAUUCAGUUGUGGUGUUUUUGUUUCGCAUUUUAUUUCCAAUUUAUAUUACUAGAUGCCUUACUGCAUAAGUAUUAGCAAUGUCAUUACUACUCUAGUACAGUUCAAAUUUGCUAUACUUUUUUGACUUUCUUUUCUUUUGGCAUUCUUGAAAAGAAAUAUAGAACUUUACAAUAAAUUGCGCAUUUUAUAAUAAUUUACCAAUGUUUUUCUGUAAAUCCAUUUUUUCUGACAUAUUCAUUUUGAAUGAAUUGUCUUUGAAACUUUUGAAAGUACACAUUUAUUAACAAAAGUACGGUUCAUUUCUAAGCAGUUGUAACAAUUGUAAAGCAUGUUUUAAUUCUAAUCCUGCUGGAGAAAUAUUAUUCUAUCACGGUAAAAUUUCAUAUUCAGUACAUUUUUAACAUUUACUUUAUUUACCCUGUACUAUUAUGUGCAAUGUGUAUAUUUGUAAAUAUUGGCGUGAAAUGUUCAGUGUAAAAAGUGUCAUUCAUUCUUCUUGGAAGAAUGUCAGGUUACAUUUAACAAGUGAAAAAAAGAAAAAAAAUGUAUGAAAGUUGGCUACAAACAUUUUAUUACAGCGGUAUAAACAAAUAUUGAACACAACAUAAAAUAGGUAAGUAUGAAUCAUUUGAAUGGCAGUGACUGCUCCAUGUUCGUAUGUGCAAACAGAAAUUAGAAUACUUGAGUUUGAAUAUUUAUGACUCCUUAUUCCUGUUUAUACAUACAGUAAAACUCCCUGUAUCUGGACAUUCAUUAUCAGAGUACCCUAAUAUUCAUAUGUUCAACUAUUUGGGCAUUUUAUCAUUUCUAGUUUUCUAACAACAAAUGGUUUGUUCAAACAUAUUCUGAUCACAAUGAUUCAGAGUAAAUCUUUGUACAACUAUAUACAUAAGUUUAAAUAUGAAUUUCAUACAAUUUAGCAUCCCAACAGAUAUGGAAUUUAAAAAUUUUGGAAUCUUCACAAUCUCUAUUCAAGUAAAUGAAAUUUAGUUCCAGAAACAUGAAGUUCUAUUAUGAUUUAUUGUUGAUAAACAGGUAAAUAUUACGCGUUGAUAGGAAGAAGACAUGUAAAAGACCUGCAACUUCAAUUGGUCAGAGUGGAAGGAGGCACGUCUCUUCUUACGUGCAUUGUUGGCACGAAUAUGCUACUUAUUGUUAAUUUUCAUCAACGCAUAGUACAUAUGUGCGAUACGUAAAAUCAAAUAUCAAAAAAGUGAUAAAUGGUAACGAUAAAUAUACUUUCUCAUGAAAUUUUUAAGAUAAUUUUUUAAUCGUAAAAGUUGACAAAAUUCCUUGUCAUAUGAUUUCUUACGAUGUGAUACCGUAUAAAAUAAUUUCCGGGAUGAAACCCAAAAUAAAUGCUCACGCCCGAAAUAAUACUCUUUACUGGCAUUCCGAGAUGUCGGAAUAAAUUUGUAUGCCGGCAGUAACGGCAUUCCGACGGCAAGGAGUUAAAUUCUAUGAAAUACAGAAGAAUAUGCAGUCUAACACCCAUCACGUUCAUUUAAAACUAAGUAUUUAUUUUUAAUAUAUUUUGCUUUUUUUUUGUUUGAAUCAAUAGAAUAAUUGUUACCGACAAUAACUAAAUAACUAUGAAUAUUAAAUGAAUAGUUCUCUAAUUGUAUCGGUCGUGGAUGACCGACAUUGAAAAAUUCUUCUCCGUCACCUUUUCGUUUACCGAAGUCGAUUAAACUCAUUCGAAUCGUGAAAUUAUUAAGUAUUAUAUCGUUUUUCCAUAGAUCGUUCAAAUAAAAUUGUGACCUGAUCUUUUCAUGAUAGUUUUAUAGGCUUAUAUUACUUAUUACUCUCCGAUAGGAGUCAUAAAUGCUCGUUUUAGUAAUUUUAAACAUUUUUCUUAAACUUUCAUUGUUACAACGUCUAUUCUUUAAAGUAGCUAUAUCAAUCAAAUACCUAUAUUACCUAUAUUUAUUGUGUCUUCAAUAUCGAAUUUGCGAGUUUUAGUUGUUGCUGCUUUUUUACCUUGCAGUUUUAUAGCUGUUUCGAAACACUAUAUGAAUAGUAAAAAAAAUGCUUACAACCAACUUUCGAAUACCAUAUUUACUCUUCUUUCACUUGUGAAAUACACCUCCGAAAUUCAUCGGAGAAAAUCAGAAUCACUCUGAUUGUGAGUAUAUACGGCAUUACAUAGUAUGUUGAAUUCAUAUAAGCAAUAAACAAAGUAAAACACAAAAAUAAUGUUAGACGUUCAUAAAAAGGACGCGGAAUACUUGAUCUUGUUCCUAAAUUAUAACUGUUUUGUACCUGUGUAAUAGUUGUUUACAUAGUUUCUUAAACUUUCAAAAAUUCUUUUACUUAAAAAUAAUAGUUCUUACGUAAUAUCCCCGAACACAUCAACAAUAUUAAUCAUUUUUCAUAAAGUAAAAUAAAACUACGUAAAUUACACAAGAUCGCCGUGCAGCACUAAAGUGUUUACUAAU